AUGCCUGAAAAAGAACUUAAUUAUAUAAGGUCAGCAGAUGCUGCUACGUCCAACGAGAAGGAUGGUGGAGUUUUUGUCGAUGCUUUUGAAGCCAGUGAUAACAAGGCCCCUAUGGGCAAAUUUGAGAAAUUCCGUGACUCUUUUAGGAGAUUCGACGAUACUGAAUUAGGAAUUGACCCUAACUUAUCGGAAGUGGAAAGAGCUGCUAUCAUCACUGCUAACUCCCCAUUGUCGAGGUCUUUGAAGAACAGACACUUACAGAUGAUCGCCAUUGGCGGGUCCAUUGGUACAGGUCUUUUUGUGGGUUCUGGUACUACUUUGAGAACCGGGGGUCCAGCAGGGAUUUUGAUUGCUUAUAUUAUCAUUGGGGUUAUGAUUUAUUGUACUGUCCAGGCGUUAGGAGAAUUGGCUGUGACAUUCCCGGUUUCUGGUGCUUUCGUUACUUACAAUACUCGUUUUAUUUGUCCAUCAUGGGGGUUUGCUAUGGCUUGGAACUAUGCUUUGCAAUGGUUGGUUGUGUUUCCGUUAGAAUUGGUGGCGGCGUCUAUUACUAUUGAGUAUUGGAACCUGUCAAUUAAUUCGGCGGCGUUUGUGGCUAUUUUCUAUGUUUUGAUUGUUAGUAUUAAUUUUUUUGGUGUCAAAGGUUACGGUGAAGCAGAAUUUAUUUUCUCCCUCAUUAAAGUCACCGCAGUAAUGGGCUUUAUUAUAUUAGGUAUAAUUAUUGCCGCAGGAGGUGUAGGUCCUCAAGGUUACCUUGGUGGUAGAUACUGGCAACAUCCAGGUGCCUUUGCUAAUGGAUUCAAAGGUGUCUGUACUGUUUUCGUCACCGCUGCUUUUGCUUUUGCUGGUACUGAAUUAGUAGGGUUAGCUUCUGCAGAAUCUGCUAAUCCAAGAAAGUCUUUACCAAAGGCGACCAAGCAAGUUUUCUGGAGAAUUGUUUUAUUUUAUGUUAUCUCUUUAACCUUGGUUGGUUUAUUGGUUAGAUACGAUGACGAGAGAUUACUUUCUGACUCUUCUGUGGACGCUAAAGCCUCUCCUUUCGUUAUUGCUAUCAAAAAUGCUGAGAUUAGUGGAUUACCAUCGGUCAUGAAUGUUGUCAUUAUGAUUUCUGUUUUAUCUGUCGGUAAUUCGUCUGUUUUUGCUUCUUCAAGAACUCUAGCCGCAUUAGCAGCUGCAAGACAAGCGCCAAAGAUUUUUGGCUAUAUUGAUAAAAAGGGUCGUCCAUUAGUUGGUAUUAUCGUCCAAUGCACCUUUGGGUUACUUUGUUUUGUCUCUGCGUCUGAUAAGCAAGGUGAGGUUUUCAAUUGGUUGAUGGCCUUGUCCGGUCUUUCUUCCAUCUUUACCUGGGGUUCGAUUAACUUCUGUCAUAUUAGAUUCAGAAGGGCUUUGAAAGUACAAGGAAGAGAUACCUCCGAGAUUGCAUACACUUCUCAGGUCGGCCUUAUUGGCUCAUAUAUUGGUAUGACUUUAAACAUCUUGGUCUUAAUUGCCCAAUUCUGGGUCGCAUUGUUUCCAUUGGGCAGUUCUCCAGAUCCAAGUGCAUUCUUCCAAAGUUAUCUUGGUUUCCCAGUUGUUUUAUUCUUCUAUAUCUGUCACAAGCUUUAUAGAAGGAACUGGAGACUCUAUAUUAGGGCCAAAGAUAUUGAUAUUGAUACUGGUAGAAGAGACUUAGAUUUGGAUUUAUUAAGGCAAGAACUUGCCGAAGAACGAGCAUUUAUUGCCGCAAAACCUUUCUACGCUAGGGUUUGGAACUUCUGGUGUUAA